CAAUCUAAAAGUAAAAGCCCAAAUAAGAACCUUAAAACUUAAAGCACAUAAAAUUCCUUUAAAAAAAAAAAAAACUAUAAUAAUUCCAAACUGUAAAGAAUUUUCUUAUUGCAAGAGAAAUAAACAUCUUUUCUCCCAAAAUAGUUUCAUAAGCAAACUUCUGAUUCCUCUACUUUGCUAUUUUAUUAUCAUAGAAUAUCAUAAAUUAUAGAAAAAAUUAGCUUUGAACUUCAAAGUAACUGAUAUAAUGGUUCAAUAAUAUCAACUGAGUUUCAAGGUUCCUACACAGAGAGGAGAGAGGAGAGAGAAAAUAAGGAUUUGGAGAAGGAUGAGGACAUUAUUGGUCAUUUUUUUGCUGGUUUUUCUGCAACUCCAGUUUUUGCUACUCACUUCCAACUGUUUCAAUAUAGACAUGGAAGAACAUAAUAACAUAAAGGGGAGGGAAGCAUUGCCAGAAGAUGGAUUACUGCAUAUAACAGCAAUUGGUAAGAAAGCCGGUGGUGGAGGUGGUGGUGGUCGUGGAGGCGGUCGUGGUGGUAGCGGAGGUCGUGGCGGUGGAAGAGGAAGAAUUAUUCCAAUCUAUGGUGCAGCAGGAGCAGCAGGAGCAGCUGCUGCUUCAAGCAGGUCACACCAGGGCCACAACCACCAUAAAGGAGCAGCUAGUGUAACAACAAAGUUUGGGAUAACUUUACCUUCACUAUUGUUAGGUGUUGGAAUCUAUUUCAUUCAAUAAUAAGUUCAUUAUUAGUAGGUUGUUUUUUUAGUUAAUAUGUAGAUUAAGGAUUGCAAAAUUUCCACAAAUGUAAUUGUCGGAGGUGUGUGACAAGAUAAAUUGAAGGGAAAAGGUUCGAAUUAUUAUUAACCUAAACCUAAAUCUAUCCUAACAGAGUAAUUGUCAUUGUGCUUGGUUGCUUUCUGUUUUGUUUUUCCUUGUAUAGAAUAUGAAUAUGAUUUCGGAAGGUUUACGUUGCAAA